CAGAUCCUGCUCUGUGGCGAUUGCGGUUCUGCGCGCCAGCAGCCUGUCUUUUCUGCUUAUGCUGCUGGGGGACGAGUCGCCGAGACAGACAAAAGGGAUUUCAUUUAUGGACAUAUAGAAAGAGUUGCAAUCUGCUCGGAGCUGAGGCGCACGGAAAACAUGAAGGCACUGCGCUGCUGCGCUGUAGUUGCGCUACUCAAUUUAGUGAGCGGGUCCGAUUUCUUAGAGAGGUCCAGCGUCGCUCAUUUGUCGCUGGCGAAGGACCCGAAAUUACGGGAUGCUCGUAAUGUUAGGAAGAGAUCCUUGCCAACCUCCCCAGAACUUAGCGUGGGAACGGCAGAUCCUGGGGGAGACUCUUGCGGGGCUCUUCGGGAAUAUGAUGCGACGUUGAACAGCAGCACUCACCCCUAUGUCUUCAGAGACCUGAGUGGCUCCGUGUCAUUGGCCUGGGUGGGAGACGGCACCGGGGUGAUUCUGGCUCUAACAACAUACCAGGUGCCUAUUUUCAUGCUGCGGUUUGGCCAGUCAAAACUCUACAGAAGUACAAACUAUGGGAAGUUUUUCGAAGAUGUGACGCAACUCAUUAACAACACCUUCAUUCGCUCCGAGUUUGGCAUUGCUGUGGGCCCUGAGAAUUCUGGGAAGGUGAUUCUCACCGCCGAUGUGCCAGGGAGCCAGGACAUCUCGCGAAUCUUUCUUUCCAAGGACUUCGGGGAAACUUUCAUGAGCAUCGACCUCUCCUUCGAGCCGGUGACACAAAUAUCCUACAACCCCAGCGACAGCGAGGCACUGCUGGCAGUGAGCUCCACUAACGACCUCUGGCUGUCGGAGGAUUUUGGCAAGAGCUGGAAGAACAUUCAUCAUUCUGUGUGUCUAGUGAAAUGGGGGCGAAAUGGAGCAAUCUUCUUCACCACCAGUCUUAACAGAUCUUGCAGUGAUAGGGGCAUGCUGGAACUGAGGAGCACCUCUGACUAUGGGAAGACUUUCAAGACCCUUGGCACCAAGAUCUACUCUUUUGGCGUGGGUGGACGCUUCCUCUUUGCCUCGGUCAUGGCUGACUCGGGUACCCUACGUGUGAUCCACGUCUCCCUGGACCAGGGUGACACGUGGAACAUAGCUCAGCUUCCAGCUGUGGGGCACGAGCAGUUCUACUCCAUCCUGGCUGCCAGUGAUGACAUGGUCUUCAUGCACGUGGACGAACCGGGAGAUUCAGGUUUUGGCACCAUCUACGUCUCCGAUGAUCGUGGUGUUGUGUAUUCCAAGUCUCUGGAACGGCACCUUUACAGCAUCACUGGGGGCGAUACUGAUUUCACCAACAUAACAUCACUGCGUGGUGUCUUCAUGACCACCGUGUUGGCGGAGGAUGGCACAUUGCAGACAGUUGUGACCUUUGACCAGGGUGGUGAGUGGAGGCCCUUACAGAAACCGGCAGAAGGCAGCUGUAACGCCCCAUUACAGAGCCAAGAGCAGUGCACCUUUCAAAUCCAUGCCUCCUACAGCAUCUCCGCAAAGCUGAACGUUCCCAUGUUGCCCUUGACCGAGCCCAACGCCGUGGGACUCAUCCUAGCACAUGGAAGCAUGAGUGAUGCUGUCUCGGUGAUGGAGCCUGAUGUAUAUGUAUCAGAUGACGGGGGCUAUUCCUGGCAGCUGGCUCUCAAGGGCCCCCACCACUAUGCCAUCCUGGAUUCGGGUGGGUUGCUGGUGGCAGUGGAGCACACGCCCUCCAACACCAUCCAGCAGAUUAAGUUCUCCACAGAUGAGGGACAGUGCUGGCACGUGUACAACUUCACCAAGGAGCCGAUCUACUUCUCUGGGCUAGCAUCAGAGCCUGGGGCGCGCUCCAUGAAUGUCAGUCUCUGGGGCUACCGCGAGAACCUGUUCAGCCAGUUCUGGGUCUCCAUCACAAUUGAUUUUGAAGAGCUGCUCAGGCGAGAUUGUGAUAUUAAUGACUAUGUGGAGUGGCUGGCGCACUCUGAUGACAUCAGCGAUCCUAACGAUGGAUGCAUGCUGGGAUACAAGGAGAAGUUCCUACGACUACGCAAAGACUCAGUGUGCUUGAACGGCCGAGACUACGUGGUCAACAAGCAGCCGUUACCCUGCCAGUGUACGCUGGAUGACUUCCUCUGUGACUUUGGCUACUACCGUGUAGAGAACAGCUCAGAAUGUGUGGAACAGCCGGACCUCCAGGGCAAGGUGCUGGAGUUCUGUCUACAAGGCAAGAUGGAGCAGCUGCAGACUAAGGGGUACCGGAAGAUACCAGGAGACAAAUGCGAGGGGGGUGUUGCACCCGAGCGCUCAGUGACUGACCUGAGCAGCAGGUGUGUCAGCAACAUUUUGGUCACUGAAAAGCAGAUGAACACAAGCACCUCCAGCACUGCACUCAUCAUACUGGUUGUUAUUUGCACUCUGCUGAUCAGUGUGGCUGCAGGGGUGCUCUUCAUCAAGAGAUACGUAUGUGGAGGGAGAUUUCUGGUCCACAGGUACUCAGUGCUGCAGCAACACGCAGACGCCAACGGCAUGGAGACCGCGGACGCAUUGGACACGUGUGCCAUCAGUUCCAGCAGGAGGCAGUAUCACGACGAUUCUGAUGAGGACCUUCUGGAUUGAGACCCAAAGGAAGCUGUAUCCAGGUGGAAGGAGAAUCCUGGGUAGACGCACCCUCCCCCCCCCCCAACUCCCAAGCACCAUUCUCCUACAGUCCAACUCUGCCUAUCCACGCCAGCUCCAGUACUAAAAUUGCUGCUCUAUCUAGUGCCUCGACCCCGCCACGCAAAUCUCUCCAGAACCUUCAGCCACUUCUCAACCCGGCCUGAAUGACCACCAGCCAAACCGUGUUUCAAAUGCAGCAUCCACUGCUUGUCCAGAAGCCCCCAGGAGACAGAGAUCCACCCUCCACUGCUUGCCAGGACACCUUCCCGUCUUGUAAUCUGGUUCUAUGAGGUGUCACGUUUCAUACAAAUGUAUGGGGAUGGACUCCACCAGAUGGCUGUCAGACAGGUGGCUGACCGGGUUGAUCUGGGCUGGGAAUUUGCCUUCUCCGGUCCUCUCAGCCACACAGCUUUGCCCGCCGGCCCUUGCGGUGAGAAACCCAGUGUGAAGAACUUGAAAGAAGAGGCACAGUUUGUCCUUUGGUCACAGAGAUGUACUUGCUUUCCAGGCUGGUGAAUACUGUCUGCUGUAAUCUAAGAAAAUGGUGUAUAUAUAUUUUUUUAUCAUGCUUCAAAAAUAUAUGGAAAGCUGUUUAGUUUUUCCCCCCCCACUCUCUCACAUUGGUGAUCUGUGUAUUUAUGUAAAAAAGAAAUCUUCAUUUUUUUGAUUUGUUUUGAUGUAAUAAAGAGAAUUCUGGGAACUUUAACACUUUGUUUAUUUUUAUUGUUCUGCUACAACUUUGUAAUUAAUUCUACGACAGGUGUUCCAAAAAUUCUUGUAGAAUUCUGUUAUGUCCACAAAUGCAUGGAAUGUCUUAAUCAAUGGGCAAUAAAGAUCAGAUGCAAUGUUUUAUAAA